GGCAACUUCUUUACCAACAUUAGCAGAAUUGCUGGAAAAUAUUGAUACUCAAUUUAGUAAAAUUGUGCCUCGGGAAAACACGCAGUACAAUGGCAAAUACGUAUAUUGUUAUUGCUGCAUCGAUUUUGUUCUGCAUUGGAUUAAUUGGAAAUUCUAUCACCGUGUGUUUUGUUGCUGUAUCCAAACGGCUGCAUGCUCCAACAUACGUCCUGAUUGGAUGCCUAGCAGUGUCUGACGUACUCGCCUCCGUGACGCGAUAUGUUCAGAUAUUUUAUAAAUCUCUUUUUAAUGAGUCUUCUCAUCUAUAUAUAUAUGAGAUAUUCACCUUUUUAUUUAUUCAUUCGGCAUUUUUCCAUAUGGUUUUAGUAUCAUAUGUUCGUUUUGUUUUCUUAGUAAAUCCUCUCCACAGUUUGAAACUGACUUGUAAACGAAUUUUGUGGAUGUCUUUUGCCAUUUGGAUAAGCUCUGUUGUCGUUUCCAUCGGAUACGGAACAUUUAAAGUGCUAGAUUUAAUAAACAUAAUUUCUUUCGAAACAGCAGUGUUUGCUGAGGUUGGGUUUGGCUUGUAUAUUAGUGGAUUACCGUUUAUUAUUGUAGUAGUUUUCAAUGUUCGAAAGCUGUAUUAUCUGUACAACCAAACAGCUUUGGUUCGACGAAACAAAAUAGCAAAUUCAAUGUCGUUGAUGUUUUGGAUUAUCAUUGUGAUUUAUCUCCUUAGCACAAUAUAUCCUUUAAUUUACACGAUUAACUAUGCAUUGUUAAAUAGUUCACUUCUUGAUUUAAGCGUAGACCUAGUUCAUGAUAUGUUUUCUUUUUCGUUGCUUGUCAAUACUUGUUUGAAUCCUUUGAUAUAUUUUAUGUUUUCACCUCCUGUUUUAAGAUUUCUAACCCGAUUAAAAAAAUGUUGUAUUUAUGGCACAGAUCGUCGAAUAAGCGAUCCUAGAUCGUGUCCGCAAGUGGAAUAGGUUGGUGAACUAUUUUUUUCCUUAACCAUCUGACGUCACUUCUCUCUGGUAAUUGUGACUUUCGUCAUGAAAUAAAAUCUUUUUCGUUAUAAAGAAGUCAGUGAUAGUUUAAAGUUUAGUAUUGGUUCUACCGAUUUUAAAGCCGAGGGUAUGUAGCUCAAUGUCUGCAAAAAAUUCUAAUGAAGGAAGAAGACUCCUGUUUUGUUUCUUGUUAAAUAGUUGCAAUCUACAACACACUUAAAAUUACGCUAUUUUUUGACUGAAUACGCUUAUUUCCACACGUAAAUUGCAACGUUUUAACUAGUAUGGAGUUUUAGCUCCAAUGUCGUCCAUCCAUUAUCUAGACUGCGAGCUACAGACCUGCAGCUAGACAUUUUAUAGACUUAACAAUAUUGUACGAUAUAUUUUUUUUAUUAUUAUUAAUAAAUAUAACAUUUAUUUGAAUUUAAGCUUGUGAAAGAAGAAUAA